AAGCACUCAAAUAUUUUUAUAAUACAAUUUUACACUAAUAAAGUUGCUGUAAAAAUACAAGAAAAAAAAAUGUUCAGAAUAUAUCUGUACAUGUUCAGAUCCAGAAUACAUCUGUUACUCUUUCUGCGGGCCAUUGAGUAACUUUGAACUUGAUUAAUCGCUAUCUUUUUACAACAUUAGAAUAAAUGGUUUACAAAUAGUGGAAUAGAGAAUAUAUGUUUAGGAAAACCUAUAUGUUUUUCAAUCAUGUAAGACACAAGAAAUUGCUUUCGUUAAGAUGUUUGUAAACGCGAGAUUUUGUACUGCCUCGUUACCUUUCUUAAUAACGUUUCUAUUGAAACAAAAUUGAAAGUAAUUGUUGAAAUCUUCCCAACGUUUAUCGUGCGAGAAAGUAAUACGCAUAGAUUUUCAAUCUCACAGUACGUCGUGCAAUAUCUUAUCCAUAACGAUGUAAGCCAAUACGUAUCAUUGUACAUUGCGUUAAGUUUUACUAAUUAUUAUUAUUAUUAUAUGAUAGGUCUUUUUGUAAUAUAUCAAUUACUACGACGUGUUGCUCGCGCUGCACGAGGGAAGAUACGCGAUUUCUUCAGAGCGGAUCAAGAAAACGUCUUUCUACUUUUCACCCUCGCACAUUCGGAUUUGUAUAUGUAAAUCGGACUGCAACUGAGCGUGUUAAUUAGGGAUUGUACAUUGUGUAAACAAACCGUUAUGUAAUUGCGAGGAGUUGCAUUUGCCAUUCGGUUGUGGACAUAGAACUUAUAGAUCUUUAUUGUAUCAUUAUAUACCAUAAAAAACUGUUGUAUAAAGAACGCGAUCAUUCUCAUUACUUGUUCUUUAUUUCUUGAACCCCUUCCUUCAUCCAAAUAAUAAAUAUAAUAAAUAUACCUGCGCCAAAAACUUUUCCAUAAAACUACAUAACGUUUCUCCUGCGUACUGUGCUAUGCGUCUUACUGUACGCUUAUUCUACAGUACACCGAUGGAAAUUUGCAUAAGGUAACUUUGUAUAUAAACAACAAUUUGAAUACUUUGCUUGUGAGAUUGUGAGAAUCGUUUACAUUCGUGUAACGCACAUAACUCUUACGAAAUAAGAUGAGCAAGCAAAAUAACUCUUAGUAAAGAUAAGAAUAGAUGCUUUAUCGAAAGCUACAUCAUCUGUUGCAAUUAUCAGCUAGUUGUUUAUUCUAAUUAAUGUAUAACAAUUCCAUAACAUUUAAAGAAAGCAGUAAAACUGUGUUGUACGCGCUAGGUAAUACGUGAAGGAAAAGCGGCUACAUUUGAAAGCCGUUUAGUCGACUGGUGCGAAGUGCAAGCGUACGGGAGUGCACAGGAACGAAUGUCGGUUUCCGUUACGACACAUCUGAUACUCCGAUUCAUUUCGUGCACUCAGUCAGUCGUUCGUGAAUAAUCGUACAACGCGGAUCCGUGUCCGAGGUAUUUUUAGUCCUCGUUUACCGCGAGUGAAGCCACACAGUGUGCAUUCCCUCCAUGCGCUUGAUAAAACACGCCACACGCUGCAUCUUGCUCAAUCGACGACGCGAAAGCUAAAUCAAAUUAAACUCAAUAAUUUACGUAAGAGACCUCAGCGUUCGCUCAGCAUAUAGAAGUAAAAACACAAAGUAAAAACACGAAUCACUGAAGUAUAUUAUUUUAUCCAGAGAAUCCUGCGUGUGUAAUUGGCGCAUCGAAUUACGCAUCUCGAGAUACCAAGAUGGACAUCGUUCAUGAUCCAUAUUUGAGACACUUGUUUGACGGCGAUCCGAUAUUUAAUGUUUACCAUCAAGAGGCAAUAAACCUAUCGGUCGGUGCACCCGGACCUGACCUAUUAAAAUGCUGUACAGAAAUGUUGAAUAGAUCUACGCGACACAGACUGGAAGAAGAAGAAAAAGAAGGAAAAUAUUAUCUCUUUCAAUAUGGUAUUACGGCGGGUCUCUGGGAAUGUCGUGAUGAAUUAGCUAAAUUUUUAAAUAGACGAUACGGUUAUUCCGUAAUGAGAGAACAUCUGAUAUUGACGUGCGGAGCAUCGCAUGGUCUUCAACUAUUGCUGAAUACCAUUCUUUCACCGAAUGGUGUUAUCUUCGUAGAGGAAGUUACAUACAUGAUUGCUCUUGACGCCUUUAAGCAAUUUCCGUUGAUGAGGAUAAUCACAGUGCCUAUGAAGGAUGACGUAGUAGAUCUAGAUGCAUUCGAAAAAAUCGUAGUCGAGGAGAAGAAAAAAGGCAACUUCCUUCUAAACGAUCAGAAAAUAUUUUGGGCGAUGUUUUAUACGAUACCAAUUUUCCACAAUCCAACUGGAAUGACUCUAUCGCCUGAUCAGUGCAAACGUUUACUGGAAAUUGCACGGAACAAUUCUCUACUCGUAGUCUGCGACGACGUGUACAAUUUACUGUAUUAUGGAGAAGGACUUCCACCACGACGCUUAUUUUCUUAUGACGAUCCAAAAGAUCCAAAUUACAAAGGAGGAAAUGUUGUGUCAAACUGUUCGUUCUCGAAAAUCCUUUCUCCAGCAAUUCGCUUUGGAUGGAUGGAAUGCAGUCCGCGCGUUAUCAACAUUGUGAGGAAAUCAGGCAUAAUGUGUAGUGGCGGUGGAGUUAAUCAUUAUGUUUCUGGUGUGAUCGCAAGCAUGCUUCAUGAGAAUAUUGAGGAUGAAUAUCUUGAUAAAAUUAUAAAGAUUUAUAAGGAACGAUUAGAUGUGGUUUGUACAACUUUAGACCGAUUUCUACCAAGUUGCUGCUCAUAUCGACGACCAGGAGGUGGUUAUUUCGUUUGGAUCCAUCUUCCGACAAGUAUGGAUGGUAGUAAAUUCAUCAAAUGGUGUCAAAGGGAAUACAAAGUAUCAGCAAUACCAGGUACUCGGUUCUCAUACACGAAUGAAGCAAAGAACUUUUUACGUUUAAGCAUAGGCUUUCAUACGACGCAAGUUCUGCAAACCGCGUUGCAAACUUUAUGUAAAGCGCUUUUAACGUACGUCAGGAAUCAAAUUGAUAGUGAAAACGAUAUUAAUAAAGACGACUCGAAGACAUGAAUAUUUAAAAAAAUAAGAAUAUAUGAUAAUAUUAUUAUCUAUUUUAGGAUCACGAUAAAAAUACAUAAAAUGUACAAAGUAAAGAAGAGUAUUGUACGUGUAUUAUAAUUUUAGAUAUAAAUGUAUUACAUAAAACAUCUAAUACAAAUAUCUUUUUUUAGAAAAGAUA